AUGGCUAAGAAGACCAAGUCAAAGGUCGAAGAAAAAUCUACACCUAUAAAUUCAACUAAUACAAAAAAGAAGAUUGACAAAAAUGCAUCAACGUCAACAAGUGAUGACUUAAAAAAACCAUCUCGAGGAUUAAAUAUUGGUGAAAAUUUUGGUUGGACAGGUAAAUUACCAGUCACCUUAUUAAAUGAACAUUGUCAGAAACAGAAAUGGAAUAAAGUACAAUAUGAUAUGAUUAAAAGAGCCAAAGGUUUUAUUGGAAUUGUAACAUUAUCAUGGGAAAAUCCAAAGACAAAAGAAUUAUUAUCAAUAAAAUUUCAACCAAAUUAUUUACCAAAAGAAACAACAAAUGAAGCAAGACAUAUGGUUGCAACUUAUGUAUUAUAUCGUAUUAAUUUUAUAAAAAAUAUGAAAAUGUUAUUACCAAUUCUUUUUAGAGAUUAUUGGAAUGAAUUAGAAAUUGAAAGAUUAAAAAUUUUAAAAGAAGAUAAAUUAAAACAUGAUAAAAUUUAUAAUAUAAAUCCAUUUACUGUAUUAUUAGAAGAACAAGAACUUAAAUUGAAAAAAUCAAAGGAAACAGAGGUUAAAAAUAAUCAAGAUUUGAAAAUUCAAAAACCUACAAUAAGUAUAGGACAACAAAAACUUGUAAAUAAUAAUUCCUAUACUAAACCUAUCAGGAGUGCAUUUCCUCCAAAAGCUUGGGAAAAUGCCACAUUAUUUGAUAUACCUUCAGAAAUUAGGUUAGAUAUUGAAAAUUCAGUUAAAACUUAUCUUGAAUGGGAUUUUACGAAAAAAAAGGAACUUCAAAAUUUAAAUCAAGAUAUCAUCAUCAAAUUAACUAAUUUGGGGUUUAGAGAAAGUCAUGUAAAAGAAUCACUUCAAUAUACUUCAUCAAAUUUUAUUGAUGCGUUAGAAUGGCUUAUAUUUCAUAUUCCAGAAGAUGAUUUACCUCCCCUUUUUUCAAAAUCUUCUAAAGAUUCAGAUGUUACGUUUACAAUAUCUCAAAAUUUAAAGACUGAAUUAGCUUUGAAACGAUUAAAAAAUUCAGGUUUUGAUGAUGAUAAAAUUUUAGAGAUAUAUAAAGAAAACAAUGAAGAUGAAUUUCAAUCUAGUAUCAAACUUACUCAGUUACUUUCCAAUAAAUCAAAUUUAAAUGAAGUUGUUUCUGAUAGUCAAGAAUUAUGGGAUCAAGAAAUUGAAGCACUUCAACUGACCCAUGAUAUCAAGACUCAUGACAACAACUCAGUCAUAAUACCAUUAAACCCAGAAGGUCUUGAUGAAGGUGUAAUCAAUGUGAAAAUUUUUAAAAGUUCUAAUUUUCCAAAUGAAAUACCUGGAAUUCAAUUGGUGGUAUCUGAAAAAUAUAAAUUAGCAAGUUAUGUUAAAUUAUCAAUCUUAAGAUAUUUAAUUAAUGAAUUAUAUUUAGGUGAAUGUAUGAUUUUUUCAAUUAUUGAAUGGUUAGAAAUUAAUAUGACGAAUAUUAUCAAAGAUCCUGGUCCAUUAAUGGUUUAUGAUAAAACCAGCAAAGUGAUAAAUGAUAAUGAUACUUCUACAGAUAAUUCCACUGAAAAAGUGAAGAGGAUUAGAAAUAGAGCUUUACAGAAUGUUGAUGCUAUUGAAUCGUCAUACAAAAAAAGGGAAGUGCAAUUAAAAGUACUGGAAGUAGAGAGACAAAAACUACCAGCGUGGAAUAAAAAAGAUCAAUUGAUAAAGUUGAUAAACGAUAAUCAAAUUACUUUAAUUACAGGUGAAACAGGUUCUGGUAAAUCUACCCAAAUAGUCCAAUUCAUAUUAGAUGAUUUAAAUUCUAAAGGUGAUUUUUCAACUACAAUUCUUUGUACUCAACCAAGGCGUAUAUCAGCUAUCGGUUUAGCCAGCCGUGUAUCUGAAGAGAGAGCUGAUUCAAUUGGUGAAGAAACUGGAUAUAUUAUCAGAGGCGAAUCAAAAAGCAAUUCAAGUACAAGAAUUACAUUUUUAACUACUGGUAUAUUAUUAAGAAUGUUUCAAAAUAUUUCAAAUAACAACGAUGAUGAUUCUUCGUUUUUUAAAAACCUUGGUUAUUUGUUCAUAGAUGAAGUUCAUGAAAGAUCAGUUGAUGGAGAUUUUUUAUUGAUCAUGUUGAGAAAUUUAUUAAAAAAAUUCAAGAACUUGAAAGUAAUUUUAAUGUCUGCUACAAUUAAAUUAGAUAAGUUUAAUGAUUUUUUUGGUAAAACUUUAGAUCAUGAACAUAUUGAAGGUAGAACUUUCUCAAUUAAAGAUAUUUAUCUAGGUGAUAUACUACAAGAGACAGACUACACUAUGGAAGUUGGUGGUGAAAUGAUAAGGCCUAGAGCUGAUUCAGCAUUUUUUGCUAAAGGUAACAUAAAUUAUAAUUUGAUAGCCAAAUUGGUAUCUCACAUCAACGAACAAUUAAAGGUUGAAAAAAACAAUGGAUCAAUUUUGAUUUUCUUACCUGGUGUUCCAGAAAUUAACAAGGCUAUUAAAGAAAUUAAUCAAAAUUUGACAAACGCUUGGACACUACCAUUACAUUCAUCCUUAUCCUCUCAAGAUCAAAAGAAAGUGUUUAAAUCACCUCCAUCAGGGUUAAGGAAAAUUGUAGUUUCAACAAAUAUUGCAGAAACUUCAAUUACAAUACCAGAUUGUGUAGUUGUCAUAGAUUCAGGUAGGUCAAAGUCAAUGUUUUUUGAUAAUUCUUUAAAUUCCACAAAAUUGAUUGAAGAAUGGUGUUCACAAGCUGAAAUUAAACAAAGAAGAGGUAGAUCAGGUCGUGUAACUAAUGGUACAUGUUAUCAUUUAUAUACAAAGGAGACUGAAAAUGCAAUGUUAGUUGAACCAAUACCUGAAAUUAAAAGAGUACGUUUAGAAAAUUUAUACUUGGUUGUAAAAUCAAUGGGAAUCAAUGACGUUGAGAAGUUUAUUACAAGUGGAUUAGACUCGCCUGAUUCAAAAUCUUUGGCUUCUGCUAAGAAUCAUUUAGAAGAUAUAGGUGCAUUAGACGGGGAAACAUUAACAAACUUAGGUAAAUAUCUUUCAUAUUUACCAACUGAUACUCACACCGGCAAAUUAUUAAUUUUGGGAUGUAUAUUUAAAUGUUUAGAUUUUGCAGCAACUUUGGCAGCAAUAAAUUCUAUUGGAAGUAUAUUUCAACAUAACAUGGAGAAUAGAGACAAAAUCAAAACCAUUUUAAUUCAAAAUUCCGAUAAUCAAGGUGAUUUAAUUGCAAUGGCAAAUAUAUAUGAAGCAUAUAUUGACAAUCCAAGUAAAAAAUUCAUGAAUGAUAAUUGUUUAUCGUACAAUGCAAUAAAAGAUAUUAAAACCACCAAAGCUCAGUAUCAUCAGUUAUUGUUAGAAAUGGGAUUUUUUGAGGACACCAAAGUUAAACUUGAAACAAGAACAAAAUAUAAUUUGAUUAGAGCUAUCAUUGCUGGUGCGUUUUAUCCUAAUAUUUCAAGAGUCCAAUUACCUGCUAAAAAGUAUAUUAAAUCGACGGUUGGCUCAUUAGAAGUUGAUCCUGAUGCAAAACUUAUCAAAUAUUGGGUUAAAAGAGAUCCAAAAAAUGAAGAAAAUGAACUUCCAGCGUCAAGAGUAUUUAUUCAUCCAUCAUCAGUAUUCUUUGAUACAAGCAAUAAAACUUUUGAAUUUGAUGAAUCAACUAUAAUUGAUCAAGACGGUAAUGUGGUUUUUGAUAAAGCUAGAUCUUUGACUACUACUGCAAACAAAACUAUGGAUAGCCCUUCAAAAUUUCCAUUUAUUACAUACAGAUCAUCACAUCUUUCAUAUAAAUUAUAUAUUAGAAAUAUCACACCUUUAAGUACAUUAUCCACUUUAUUAUUUGGUGGGAAAUUUGAAUAUGAUUUAAGUUCAACCAAUGGUGUACCAUCAAAAGGUAUUAUUUUAGAUAAUUGGUUACCAAUAAGAACUUGGUGUAAAAAUGGUGUGCUAGUCAAACAAUUGAGAAAAUUAUUGGAUAAGUUAAUUGAUGACAAGCUAUCCAGAAUAAACUCAAAACCUAAUGAAUUUGAUGAUCAUAUUAUAAGUAUUAUAGAAAAAGUGUUAUCAUUAUAA